UUCUUGUUGUUAGCUUCCGCCAUUAACCCCAACGGAAGUGUUUCGAAGCUUGAAAACGACGUUUUUUUCUUUCUGCCUUCCAACAUGUCUCACAACUACCCGUUUAGAAGACAACCACCGCCUCUCAUGUCGCUUGGAGCUCGCCGCGCUGACCUGGGACCUUACAGCUCUGCAGAUCACCGCCAUGCUACACCAGACCAUGACUUUUGCAUCCAGCACGAGGAGCCGCCAGCUCGUUUGUUGUCAUCGUCGUUCCCGCCGUCUCAUUCCUCAUCGUUGUCUUCUUCCAGAGAGCAGUGGUCAGCCGACAGUGGCCUCAAUAUACUCAGCAGCUGCGGUCUAGAGCCAAGUGACCUUUCUGUGUUAGCUGAGCUUCCAGAAGACGUCCUCACAGUGGAGUCCCUUCCACAUGUUCUUAGAGAGAUCAAAGGAAAGAGGGUGACGAGUAAACCACGCCAACCCAUCGCUCCAGGAACCCCUGCCCCUUUUCCUGCCAGCUUAGCCCGACGGCCUCCCAGCCCUCCCAGUGAUGACUGGGAUCGUCUCCGAAGCCCAGUGAUGAAUUUACCAGUGGAUCCUCCUGGAAUGAUGUCUGGGCCCCUUGUAUCUGAGCGGGAUGACCGCUGGCAGGACCGCUGGGAGAAUCCCAGAUGCACCACUUCAGCCAUCUACACGCCUUCCUCCAGGGCAGACCCAGUAGUAUCACCGCCAUCGAGUUCCUACAUGGUGGAAUACAACCACCAGGUGCGGCGUCCUGAGUAUGGUAUGGACAAGGAAGAAGACUCAAGCUCCUUUGGAUAUAUCCCGGGGGGUGGUCAGCGCUCUCUGGGAGGGAGGGGUCACUCUUCCCUUUUCUCUCAUUCUGAGUCACACGACAAUAAUCCAGCGCUGCUUCUAGACAACUACCGGCCGAAAACUCAGCAGUUGGAAGCUUCUUCCCGCAAGCGCCAAAGCCACGGUGGCAGCAGCCAGCCCAUUGGAGCCGCCAAAAUACCCUCGAAAAAACAGGCACUCGACUUCCAUGGAACAACUCCAGAGGUGUACCCGUACACGUGCUGUCUGUGUGAUAUCACUGUGCUGUCAGAGAUGGGUUGGCUCAAACACAUCAACGGUGCAAACCAUGCUGAUGGACAACUCACCCUGCUGCAGCGGUUUCCCAACUGGGACUGCCGCAUGGAGACGGUCACCAGGGCUCUGGAGCAGCAGAAGGACAAAGAAGCAUCUGUCCAACAGAAUACCAAUUCACAGAGCAAUAAGUCCUCUAAAAAGCAUUCUUCAGAAAAGCGCAGUGUGGUUUGCAUUAAAUUUCCCACUAAUUCGGUGGAUGAGCAGUACCUGAGGAAGCUGGUGGAGCCCUUUGGGGAGCUCGUUAAAAUCGUCAUGUUUCCAUCUGUUGCAUAUGUGGAACUGGCAACCAGUGACCAGGCCAUGGACAUGGUGAACUUCCACAAUAAGUACUCUACAACUGUUGGUGACCAAAAGAUUGAAUUCAGUGUCUCCUCCACCUUCAACUUCAUUCAGGACUUGCGGGUGCUGAGCUUCACUCCGGCUCCAGGAGGACCCAAUGGCCAAUCAGAUCUCAUCAGAAUCGUCAAACGCUUUGGCCCUCCCCUCUAUAUGCUGUUUCUGCCAUCUGUGGCGUUUGUAGAAAUGAAAAAGGCUGCAGAUGCUCAAAACGUGGUUGAUUAUUAUUCACCGACCAAUCUGAGGAUAAACAAUAAAUUCAUUAAGGUGGCUUUCUCGGGAGAAUACAGAACCCUGGCACGUGUCCCAUCAGCCAAGAGUUGUGAAGAAGAAACCACUUCAGCAAAGAGGACAAGGAGCCUCAGUCGGGAGAAAGGAGACAAGCGGAGGAGGAGCAGCAGUAAAUCCAGUGACAACAAAGACAAACAGAAAGAGGACGGAAAGUCCAGCAAAGAAAUGAGGUCUAGGUCCAAGGAUAGGUCCAGCAGCAGUUCCUUCAAAGACAAAGACAAUAAAAAAGAGGAAGAGAAAUCCAACAGAGAGAGAACAUCUACAUCCAAAGAAAAGACUAGCAGCAAUUCCUCAAAGGAGAAAAAGACAGUGGAGCAGGCAUCCAGGUCCAAAGAUAGGUCCAGCAGCAGUUACUCCAAAGCCCAUGACAAGAACACCGAGAAAAAGUCCAAGGAUAAAUCCAGCAACAAUUCAGGUAAAGAGAAGAACAACAAGACAGAUGAAAAGUCAAGCAAAGAGAGGUCCAGGUCUAAAGAAAAGACCAGCAGCAGUUCGGCAAAGGAUGACAACAAGAAGAAAGAGGAACAGAGGUCCAGGUCUAAAGAAAAGACCAGCAGUACUCUGUCAAAGGAUGAAGACAAGAAGAAAGAGGAACAGAGGUCCAGGUCUAAAGACCUCACCAAGAACACAGAGGAAAUGUCCAAAGAUAAGUCCAGCAGCAGUUCACUUAAAGAGGACAAGCAGAAAGAGGAAAUGUGCAGCAAAGAGAGGUCCAAGCCUGAAGAAAAGUCAUCCAAGAAUGAGGACAAGCAGAAAGAAGAGAGGUCCAUGUCCAGAGAAAAGUCUAGCAGCAUUUCCUCUAAAGAGGAGGGCAAGAAGAAAGAGGACAGUAAGUCUGGCAAAGAAAGAACAUCUGGAUUAGAAGACAAACCCAGCACUGUGUCCUCCAAAGACACGGUGGAGAAAGACAGAGACAAGCUGAAGAGGGAGAGCAGGUCUGGGUCCAGUGAUAAAUCCAGCAGCAAAUCCUCAACAGAGAACACGUCCGGGGAAUGUGUCAUGAUACAGAAAACGGAAAAGGAUGGUUCCAGAGCUGACAAAACACCGCCCGGCAUGCAGAAAGGGUCACCUAAGGAUGGUGUUGUCGGGGAAGACGGAGACGCUGUUCUGGCUGUCGUAGAGAAAAGUCCAAGAAGCAACAGCUAAGCAGAAAGAGGGAAAAGCACCAGCACAGACUGAUCUCAACUCAACACGAUCAGGAGGAGCUGACGGCCAAGCAGAAGGACCCCAUCAACAGGAAGGAGGAGGAGGAGUCUGUGAGGAUGGCUGGGGAGGAGCAGCACAAGCCUCUGAUGAAGAAACAGGAGGAGGAGCAG